AUGCGCGCGCGGUCCGUGGCGUACGCGUUGCGGGCGCCCGUGGAGCGCGCGCUGCACGACAUGGUGCGCGAUGACAUCCUGACUCCCGUUGACCGCUCCGACUGGGCCACAUCUAUUGUUGCCGUGGUCAAGAAGGAUGGUAACAUCAGAAUUUGCGCUGAUUACAAGUUAACCUUAAAUAAAGUCAUUGAAGUCGAUCGUUAUCCUUUACCAAAAGUAGAGGACGUGUUAGCUCGCCUACAUGGGGGAGAAAAAUUUAGUAAAAUCGAUUUGUCACAGGCGUACGCUUAA